AUGUUUGUAAUCUCUCUCUUAAUUAUCAUCACUAAUGCAUGUACCAAUAAUGCAAACACUGGUUGGAGUAAUAAUUACUAAAAGAUGCUCAUAACAACAGCCAAUUCUAUAUCAAAUGUAGAUCUCAAAACUGUAUGCCCAAAAAUUGAUCCAGCAAAGGUUCCAGGUCUAACUCCCUAUCAAUACUUGAGUUCUAGAAGCUGUCUUGGAUAUUUAGGACCAUUGGGUCCUUAUGGACCUUUAUCAAAGCUAGGACCUUUGUCCAACCAUAUUUGGUAUUUAACCAACCUUUUAGACAAAAUCUAUUUGCCUACUAAUUUAGUUGAAUUAUUUCAAUGGACUCAAUAUUAAAACGGAGCUCCUUUGUCUAAGGAUGGACCCUUAGGUUAUAAAGGUCCAUUGGCAACAACACAAUAUUAUGGUUAAUAAGAUCCAGGAAAAAAAUUAUUUGAAACAAAUGAUUUUGCUGUCUAAUUAAGAGCUUUUGGAUUAUGGUCAGCAAUUGGUCCAAUAGGACCAUUAGGACCUUUAGGACCGUUGGGACCAUUAGGACCAAUAGGAGCUCAUGGAUACAGCAUUGAUCUAAAUGGAAAUUAUGUUAAUGGUUCUAAGAUAGUAAAAUCUGUUACCAUAGAUUAUGAUGGCAGUAGUACAAGAACAUAUCCUUUAUAUGAAUUUUAUUAGAGCAGUUAUGCUAAGACUGUUUUGUUAGAUACAUCAUUUCUAGUAGAGAAUGAUAUUUGUUAAAAUGAUGAUGCUUAUGAAAUUGGUUCUCAACCAUUUAACCAGAUAGUAACAUUUGUUUUAACUCCUCUUACAGCUUUAGAUUCAUAUUCUUUAAUUUUAAAAGAUUAAUAUGGUAGAGUAUUAGCUUAAUCAAAUGCAGAAAACUACAUUCAAACCAUUUAAUUGAAUGUGUAAAUGAAUACUUAAUUAACUAUAAUAGUCCAUCCAAUACUCUUACAUACAACGAUUGGAUAAUAUAGAUUAUUUGUAACUGGUUCAACAUAAUACAUUACCAUGUACAAUAUAUCUGGAAAUCAGAUUUUAUCCAAUUGA